UCGGCGACGGAGUUAUCUGCAGACAAUAACAACCUGACUCUGCAGAUUCCACGGCCGAGGAAAGUACGCCUACAAGGACAAGCCUCCCUCGGACAAGCCAUCGUCUGCUGCAGAACGAGGAGGGAAGCAACUGGUCACAGCAAGUGACAGCGACAGCACCCACGCCAACGACAGAGGCGGCACCAAGGACCCGUCUACAAAAGAGGCAGACACGGCAUCGGCAGCGGCAGUCGGCGACGGAGUUAUCUGCAGACAAUAACAACCUGACUCUGCAGAUUCCACGGCCGAGGAAAGUACGCCUACAAGGACAAGCCUCCCUCGGACAAGCCAUCGUCUGCUGCAGAACGAGGAGGGAAGCAACUGGUCACAGCAAGUGACAGCGACAGCACCCACGCCAACGACAGAGGCGGCACCAAGGACCCGUCUACAAAAGAGGCAGACACGGCAUCGGCAGCGGCAGUCGGCGACGGAGUUAUCUGCAGACAAUAACAACCUGACUCUGCAGGUAGGAACUUUUUCAUUACCUAAAUUAAACACUCAACUCCCGUCGCCGACUGCCGACUGUUGAUUGCCCAUUACUGGUUACCGAUUGAGGUGUCACAGAAAUGCCGAAAGACGACGAUACCGAAGACUUAUGCUUGCACUGUAAAACUUCCAUAAGAAAAGAAGACAGUGUAUUAGAAUGUAAUGAAUGUCACUCCAAGUACCACUUAGGACCUUGCUCAGGAGUAACCGAAAUCGCCCUCCGAGGGAAGAGACCGGGAUUUAAAGAAUUAUGGAAGUGUCAAACUUGUAAGGGGGCAAGAUUAAGACUUCAGAGCACACCUGAAGGCGGACAGCCCAGUCACGAAAAGCUGGAUGUGCAGCAACAGCUGACUCAGAUAAUGAGCAUGUUGAGCGUGCUCGCACCACUCAAACAGCAAGUCGAUGAGUUAGUUACAAUGAAGCAAACUGUGAUGGACAUAGAGAAGUCUGUGCAAUCAAUGUCGGACAGCUAUGAUGAGCUACUUAAGAAAGUAAAAGACCACGACAGUGAGAUCAAAGAUCUAAAAAAGAGGGUCAGUGAACUUGAAAACGAAAAAAAGAAUGACGAAACGAAUCAACUAAAAAAAGAGAUAAACAAGCUGGAACAAUACGGACGUAGAAAUAACCUCGAAGUACAUGGACUGGCCGAAUCUUUGAACGAAAACCUACUAGAAAAGCUGAACAAAAUCGCCGACCAGAUAGAAGUGCCCAGACUAACCACACAUAACGUAGAAGCAGUUCACCGCAUCCCCACAAAAACAAAGAAAACACCCAUGGUGAUAGUACGCUUUAUCAACCGAAACGAUCGAGAUGCGUGGCUUAAAAAUAAACAGAAACUGAGGAGUGGAGCGGAGGUAGAUAACGUCUAUCUAGAAGAAAACUUGACCGCUUCAAACCGAAAGUUGUUCUUUGAUGUCAGAACAAAAGCAAAACACCUCGGGUACAAGUUUAUCUGGCAUAAAGAAGGAUGCUCGUAUGUGCGAAAACGAGAAGGCGACCCGACUCUAAGAAUCGAGAAUGAGAGUGACCUCGCAAAAAUUGAAUAGGGAAGUACAUUCACCAUAUUAGACAUGGAAAGGAAACAAACGUGUCUUUCUUUUGAAAAAUGGUGGGAUAGAAUAAACGCUACUGUUAACGAGUUUUGCUUUGUUCUUCUACACACCAAUGUACGCAGUCUUAAAAAACAUUUUAAUGAAAUAAGCAGUAUGAUAGACCCUUAUCUGGACAAUUUAGACGUAAUUGUAUUAUCAGAAACAAAUAUUUCAUCUGAUGAAGAAGCCUUGUUCUCUCUAGAUCAUUUUGAAACAUUUUCGCAUAAUAGAGACGGGAAGAGAGGAGGAGGUGUCAUGAUCAUGAUAAAUCAAAAAUGGAAAAUAACCAAAUACGAAAAAGUAAACUUUUGCUCAACGGAGGCACUACACAUUGAAAUAGAAUACCACAGAAAAAAAAUGUCUAUAUUAGGAUUAUAUCGAGCACCUCAGGGUAAUGUAAACACAUUUUUAGAUGAUAUUAAUAAAUGGCUAAACGACAACAAAGACACAGACUUAAUAAUUGUAGGGGAUAUUAAUCUUGACAUCACAAAACCUAGUUUAAUGAUAAAUAAUUACCUAGAUGAUAUGGCACAAGCGGGACUGGAAUCAAUGAUAUAUGAAUUCACAAGAGAAGAGAUAUUAGGCGAGAAACUAACACAGUCAUGUAUAGAUCAUAUACACGUGCGGUCGAAGGAAGGGAAACCCGAAGGACAAGUAAUUUCUGAAAAAGUGGCUGACCAUUAUUUUGUGGCAGUAACUAUUCCAGAUCUUAUUCAAAACAGUAAUAAAAUUGUUGAAGGCUCAUUUAUAAAUAAUAAAAUAGUCGAUAAACAUAUCCAAGAAAUCGACUGGAACAUUCUCGCCGAAGAACAAAACCCAGAAAAAUUAUACGAUAAUAUUGUUAAAAUAUUCAAUGAUAUUUAUACAAAGUCAACUCAAAGAUGCAGUACGAAAAAACGUAAACAACAGAAUCAAUGGAUAACUAAAGAAAUUGACGACCUGAUCAAAGAAAAAAAGAAAGCUUGGCAACUACUGAAAAGAUUUCCUAAUAAUAAGAAGUACAAAGAAAAUAACAGAAUAAUUAGGAAUAAAGUUACAGCAUUAAUAAGAUUAACAAAAAGAAAUUAUUACUGGAACAAAUUCUCUGAGACAAAAGAUACAGCAGAAUGCUGGUCCUUGGUAAACCAACUGUUACAACGAAAAAAGAAAAAAACGAUUGAAGACACUAUUCAAACAAACUUCGGUCCUGAACAUGACUUAGGGAUACUAGCAAAUAGUUUUAAUACAGAAUAUGUGCAGUCAAUUGAAACUUUAUGUUGUACGACAACUGAAAGACAACCAAAUCAAAUAAGAAAUAA